GCCAGAUUCAGCUCCGGUCCAGCCACGAACGCCAGAGGAUAGCCGUGCGCCACCGUGUCUCCGUAUUGCAGUUAGUCUUCUUCACGCAGCAGCCGCCCUGAGUGAGCCAACCACCACCUUGGCCGCCACCAUUUAAAUGGGAAACAGUAAAAUCAAAGAAGAAUCGCUUUGCAGCCUUAGAUGUGAAAAUCGACAUUAAUGUUAUUGGAAAAGCUCUUCCAAAAUGACAGUUGAUUCAGAUUCGCCUUCACGUGAUACAUGGGUUAUAGUCAAGAAGCAGAGAGUUAACAUUUUGAUUCCUCGUCUUUCCUGUACUGAGCAGUCUAUAGUGCCUGAUCUUGAAGGUCAGGUGGAUAAAGAUAUGUCUAUCCAUACGAUUAAUACUCAUGAGGUUCUGCAGGAGACAACCUCAAAGGCUCAUUUUAGUGAGAAUAUAAACAAUGUGUCGACGCAUUGCUCUCCAAAAUCAUAUACUCGAUCUAGUCCCGAUGCUUGUCCUUCCCGUGCAGAUGAUACAACUCCAGAGCCAAGGAAGUCAACUUCAAAAAGAAUGGCUGCAGAAGAUCUGGCAGGUACUUCCAAACCCUUGCUUAGGAAAACCAAAUUUCUGAAAUUCCAUAAAGAAUCUCAGAACCUUCUGAGGCCUUCAUAUCAUAACUUGUCAUCUUCUACCGUAACUCUCAAUCUCACUUAUAAGAUGCGGGCGUUAAAUCUCGAGAAAACCAUAGUAAGUGCUGGUGGAUUGGGUAAGUGGCUAUUCUCUCUUGGACUGGGGCGAUUUGAGGGGAUUUUUCGUACAAAAAAUGUGAAUAAAUUUGAGUUGGUAAACAUGUCUAUGAAGAAGCUUAAGGAAAUGGGUGCUCAUGCUGUUGGCCCAAGAAGAAAGUUAAUUCAUGCAAUAGAGUGUGCUUGUUGUAAGCCAUAUUGUUUUGAACCCCAUAUGAUCUUCAGCAUCAAACAUAGUGAAUCAUAAUCCUUGUCUUGUACUUGUGUUAUGUGUAUGGUCUUCAAGUGGAGAAAGAUGUAGUUGUAGUAGAAGCAUGAAAUAUAGUGCAUGUUAUAUAUGAUAAUAUAUGUAGAGAAUUAUUGACAUUGAUUUUCUUAAUUGUAGAUUAGUAUUGGAUAAGGUAAAAUAAAGGUAUAGGGUUUUUAUGAUACUAAAUGUUAGUUGAAGCUAUUGACUGAGUUGGUCAGUUGAAAGUUUUGACUGAUAAGUCAACUGUUAAGGAAAUGUUUGGUAAAAAUUGUUAAAAAGCUCAAUGUUUGGUAAAAAUUGUUAAAAAGCUCAAAGUCUACCCAAAAAAACUACAAAUUGUAGAGUAGCUUUGAAAGACAUUUUUCCACAUCAAUUGUCUUGCUUUGUGUAAUUGGCCAUUAUUGUUUAGAUUAAUGC